AUGGCCUACAAUCGUGUCGGAGAAGAUCCGUUUGGGGAUGAGCACCGCUCGCCCAUGCUAAAUCCUUCCCACGUCACUAGCUACACUAAUCGCACUCCCUCGCCGGCGCGACCGCUGGAUGGCUACCAGCUAUCAGACAACCCAUAUGUCCCCCCGGCACACCUGCCUAUGCCCUCCAGUGAUCGUUUAGCUGAACAACCGACUUAUUCAGUCGAGAACGUUUACAACUCUUAUGGCCACCACGAUGCCUACGAUGCACACCGUCCUUACCCCGGUCAUGAGUACUCAGUGAAUCCCGAAGCCCACCACGAUGCUUACUAUACCCAACCUUAUGAGCCUACGCAGACUCCCCAUGACGAUUAUGACCUUGGCCAGUAUCCAGAGGGAGGCCACACCCCAUUCGAUGAUACACAAGAGCCCAUGCUUCACCCGAACGACAAUCCAUUUGGGCCGGACCCGUACACUGAUGAGUUCAACGAGGAGAUCCAACCAACACCGAGCCCUCAACCCAUCCGCCGCUGGAAGACUGUGAAGGAAGUCCAGCUGUUCAACGGCAACCUCGUGCUUGAUUGCCCUAUUGCUCCGAAAUUGCUCAGUCAAGUUCCGCACGCAGAGCCUCCUGGCCGUGACGAGUUCACGCAUAUGCGAUACUCGGCUGCCACUUGCGACCCUGCUGAUUUCUUCGAGGAACGGUUUACAUUGCGCCAGAAGCUUUUCGCAAAGCCUCGUCAUACUGAGUUGUUUAUUGUUGUGACCAUGUACAACGAAGACGAUUUCCUGUUUGCGCGAACCAUGUCCGGUGUUUUCAAGAACAUUGAUCACAUGUGCUCGCGCACAAGUAGCAAAACCUGGGGCAAGGACGCCUGGAAGAAAAUCGUGGUCUGUGUUAUCAGUGACGGUCGUGCUAAGAUUAACCCACGAACACGCGCUGUUCUAGCGGGUCUGGGUGUGUAUCAGGAUGGAAUUGCCAAGCAGCAGGUCAAUGGCAAGGAUGUCACAGCCCAUAUUUACGAAUACACCACCCAAGUCGGGUUGGAAGUCAAGGGCACCCAGGUGCAUCUCAAGCCUAGAUCGGGACCUCCUGUGCAGAUGAUCUUCUGUUUGAAGGAAAAGAAUCAGAAAAAGAUUAACUCUCACAGAUGGUUCUUCCAAGCCUUUGGUCGCGUCUUGGAUCCCAACAUUUGUGUCCUUCUCGAUGCGGGUACCAAGCCCGGCAGAGACUCCAUCUACCACCUGUGGAAGGCCUUUGAUGUCGAGCCCAUGUGCGGUGGUGCUUGUGGUGAAAUCAAGGUCAUGUUGUCCCAUGGCAAGAAAUUGCUAAACCCUCUGGUCGCCGGUCAAAACUUCGAAUACAAGCUGAGCAACAUUCUUGAUAAGCCGCUGGAGUCUUCCUUCGGUUUCAUUACUGUGUUGCCCGGUGCGUUCUCUGCUUACCGCUUUGUCGCUUUGCAGAACGACAAAAACGGUCAAGGUCCUCUGGAGCGUUAUUUCCUGGGCGAGAAGAUGCACGGUGCCAAUGCCGGUAUCUUCACAGCCAAUAUGUACCUCGCCGAGGAUCGUAUUCUUUGCUUCGAAAUCGUCUCCAAGCGUAAGUGCAGAUGGCUCCUCCAGUACGUCAAGUCCUCAACCGGAGAGACUGAUGUCCCUGAUCGUAUGGCCGAGUUCAUCUUGCAACGUCGUCGUUGGCUAAAUGGUAGUUUCUUCGCUGCCGUCUACGCUAUUGCCCACUUCUACCAAAUUUUCCGCAGUGACCACAGUUUCAUGCGAAAGUUCAUGUUGAUGAUUGAGUUCAUCUACCAAACUAUUGCGAUGAUCUUUGCUUGGUUCGGUAUUGGUAACUUCUUCUUGGUCUUCCACAUCUUGACAACAUACCUCGGAUCCGAUGAUCUACUAGGUACUGCUGGUAAGGUUCUUGGUAUCGUUUUCGAAUGGCUUUACUUGGCAACUCUCGUGACGUGUUUCGUUCUGGCUCUCGGUAAUCGACCUGGUGGAUCAAAUAAGUUCUAUAUGACCAUGGUUUACUUCUGGAUCGUUAUUAUGAUUUAUCUUGCAUUUGCUGCCGUCUUCGUUACUGUGAAAUCUAUUCAGACAGAGGUUGCGUCGAAUAGCUUCACUGUUUCAGAGCUGUUUACGAACAAGACGUUCUUUUCGAUUAUCGUUUCACUUGGGUCAACCUAUGUGAUGUGGUUCAUCGCGUCCUUCAUUUUCCUGGACCCGUGGCACAUGUUCACCAGUUUCAUCCAAUAUAUCCUACUCACCCCGACCUACAUCAACGUUCUCAACAUCUACGCCUUCUGUAACACCCACGACAUCACCUGGGGUACAAAGGGAGACGACAAGGCCGAGAAAUUGCCCUCAGCCCACCUCAAGCCCGGCGGCAAGGUCGACGUCAACAUCCCCCAGGACGACGGUGACUUGAACGCACAAUACGAAGCUGAAGUCGCCAAGUUCGCCAUGAAGCCGCCCAAAGAGGUUCAGGUUAUCUCCGAAGAAGAGAAGCAGGCCGAUUACUACAAGGGUUUCCGUAGUGCUGUUGUCCUUGCCUGGGUGUUCUGCAACUUUGCCCUUGGCGCCGUUGUCUUGAGUGCGGCCGGUCUGGAAACCUUUGAUGACUCAACGAGCUCUAGUGACAGCGAAGAUGCCACCCAGAGUGAGCGUUCCAUGAUUUACAUGGAGGUUGUCUUGUGGAGUGUUGCUGGACUAUCGAUGUUCAAGUUUAUCGGUGCGAUGUGGUAUCUGGUUGUUCGGAUGUUCCGUGGUGUUUGA